GCUGCCCGGGGAAGAGGCGGCAGCAGUAGCGGCUGGUCCGGGUGGAGCCGUCAUGGAGAUGGGGUGGCUGCUAUGGAGCACGGCCGUGCUGCUGCUGCUCCACGUCCUCAUGGAGCUCAGCCCCACCGUCAACUUCGCGCUGCGCAUCGGCUUCUACUGCGUGCUGUGCCUGGUGGCCUCGGCGCUGGCGGCCGUAGCCUGCCUGCUGAUCAACGGCGGCCGCACCGUCAAGAACAUGAGAAUCAUCAAAGCUGUUGUCAAGACCUUCAAGUAUUUCUUCGGCUUGAGGUUUGAGGUGAAGGGACUGGAGAACUUCAAGGUGGAGGGCCCUGCUGUCAUUUUGUCCAACCAUCAGAGCGUCCUCGACAUGAUGGGGCUGAUGGAGGUCCUGCCCGACAACUGUGUCCAGGUGGGCAAGAAGGAGCUGAUGUAUAUGGGCAGCGUGGGGCUCAUCAUGUACCUGGGUGGAGUCAUCUUCAUCAACAGGAAGAGCACCAGCAGUGCCAAGAUGGUCAUGUCAGAGGUGGCCAAGACUAUGGUAGCUGAGAAUGUGAAGGUGUGGGUAUAUCCAGAGGGCACGAGGAACUGCACUGGGGAUUUGCUGCCAUUCAAGAAAGGAGCAUUUCACCUUGCUGUCCAGGCACAGGUCCCAGUGAUCCCUGUGGUGUAUUCCUCCUUCACCAGCUUCUAUAACCCAAAGACAAAACUGUUUACAUCAGGCAAAAUCAAGGUUGAGGUUCUGCCUCCAAUAGAGACCAAAGGGCUGACGUCAGACGAUGUCACCGAGCUCUCUGACAGAUGCUUCAGCACCAUGAGGGAGACCCUCUUCAGGCUGUCAGGGCACCCAGGCCAGGCAAAGGACUCCUCCUAGAGCCUUCUCCAGUGGUGUCACCGUGUGGUGGUGGCUGAAGGGACCUACCUGUCUGUUCUUGCCAAAUACUGAAAGAUCUCCUCCUCCUCUGCAGUGAUUUCUAACUCUUGGGAGCACCACAGACUGGUACACACAGGGUGUCAAGCCAGCACUAAGGUUCCCCUCUGAGUGGAUUUCUCUUAUGGGUUCAUUUUCUCACUUUGCACUAUCUCCUUUUUUCUGAAUUUCUCAGGCAUCAAACUUGUGCUACCAAAGGGCUCAAUGACUAGAGAGGUGAGUUCCCCCAGCUCUUGCAGCUAGCUUGGGGUGACAGCAAAAGCCUGCCUGGAGCCUGAGCUCUGCCUCGUGUGACUGUCCCUGCAGCUGUGUUCCUGCAGGCUCAGCUCCUGAGGUGGCCCUGUGAUGUCCCAGGUGGAACCCACCAGGCAGCAGUUUGUAUCAGCACAACCUUGAUGCUCCAACAGGGCUGAGAACUGGGGUGAAAAUCCAGAUUUUGGCUUUUCAGCAGUGCUAGGAGUGUGGUGUCCUGCCUGGACAGCCCAGAGCACUCCCACCCACCAGUGGGACACACAGGCCCGUCCCCUUGAGGUGCCCUUGUGUCACAGCAGCAUCACGUUGGGAAACUGCUGCCAGCUCCCCGCCGUGCUGGUGGCUCAGCCUGGGCACAUCCCUGCAAUGCCCCUUCUGGAGGCAAAGGGCUCUGUCGCGCUCCGUUUGUCACUUGUCAUGGUCAGCGCUGGCCGAAAGAUGGUGCCUGUCCCGCGUCUCUGCUGCUCUGCGGGGCGGAGCCGCUGCUCUCCAGGGCUGUCAGACCCCUGCGGAGCCACACGGCGGGUGAGCUGCAGCUGGAACGCGGCUGGGAAGGCUUCAGCUCCCCCUUUGGGGGAUAUACACCGCUUUUCCAGCCGGAUAAAACGGGUUCCCCUGUGCCUUGGGGUGAUGGACCAACAGAGCUCCUGCAUCCCUCACCGGGACCUGUGGAAUGUUGGGGGCUGGCUCAGGUCCACGGUUCUUUAGCUUUAGCUCUCCUGUUCAUGGCACAGGGGAGCUUGGGAUAAACCAGCUGGGGCUACUCAGGUCAGCAGCACACCCAGCUCCUGCAGCCUGCUCUGGUGCAGUUGUGUUUGUCUGGCUCAGCUGGGAAAGGCAGGGAGCUCCAUGGAAGGAGCCCUGGGGCCCAGCUGGUGCUGCCAGGGCCUUCAUUGGAGGGGCCUUAGUACAGACUCAGGGGAUGGGAAGGGUCGGGGUGGGAGGAUGGGAAGCAAACCAGCACUUUGUGAGAGUGGCAGAUAAAGGGCUGUCAUGGAGGGUCAACCCAGGAGGGCCCUGGGAGGGCUCCUGGGGAGGGGAACCAUGUCUGACUCCUCCUGGGAGGAGGGAGCAGUGCCUCUAUGUGCAGUUGUCUGCUGUUCACUUUUAAUUGGGCUGAGAAUGUUAUCUGCUUUACAAAAAAUCAACCAAAAAAAAAAAAAAAAAAAAAGGAAAUUACACCUUUGGUUAUUUAAAUAAA